AUGGCGGAUGAUGAAAAAAUUGAGGAUCUGGAUACCAAUGAUUUGAAGAGAGUAGACAUUUCUAACUUAAAUCAUAAUAUUGAAAUCGAACUGACUACCACUACUGAAGAUGAUGUUAAGAAAUCAGUUAAUAAUCAAGCAGCAGAAACUGAUAUUUCUGAAAAAUACCGAGACCCUGGUGUGACUAAUAUAUCUGCAUAUCAAUUACUGUUAGCUAAAUAUAGUCCAUAUCAGCCUGAAAAUUGUGAUUUUGUUAAAUGCAAUAAUAGACGUUUUAGAAAAGAGUGGUAUGUUUCUAAUAAGUGGUUGGAGUAUAGUCCAACAAAAAAUGCUGCAUUUUGUUUUUAUUGUAGAGCUUUUCCACAUCAAAAUGCUGAAGCAGCUUUUAUAACAGCCGGAUUUAAAGCAUGGCAUAAAGCUACAGCAACAUUUGCAUCCCAUAAUAACAGUGUAACUCAUAAAGAAGCUUCUGCAAAAGUUAUUGGAUUGCGUUCAAGUUUUGAUACGGGAAGUAUAGCAACAGCUACCAAUACCUAUCAUAAAACAGUUGUCAUUAAAAACAGAAGUUAUUUAAAAUGUAUUAUCGAAACUCUUUUAUUUUGUGCCCGUCAAGGAAUAGCGAUCCGUGGUCACGAUGAAUCAAAUAGUUCUAAAAACAAGGGUAAUUUUCUUGAGCUUCUUUAUCUUCGAUCUAAAGAUAAUGUACUAUUGCAUGAAUAUUUUGUUGAAAAUAAAAAUCAUUACCGUUAUAUAAGUGCUACUUAUACCAAUGCCAUUUUUAAUAUAAUGGCACAACAGGUUUUGCUUAAUAUAAUAAAUUCUAUUAAGGAAGCUGGUAUAUUUAGUAUACUAGUUGAUGAAACUCAGGACCUAUCCCGACAUGAACAAGUUUCUUUUAUCAUUCGAUUGUUGACGACCCAAUUUCCUCCAUGA